AUGGCUAUUCUGAAGCUGCUGAAACAUUUUGACUGGAACUGGGUUGGGAUCAUCGCAUCAGAAGAUGACAGCGGUGAUAAAGAACUCCAAGAGCUAAGUAAACUGCUCACAAGCCACGGAAUCUGCAUUGAAUUCAUCAUUAAAGUUUCUCUUUCACUUAUGCCAACUCACAAUACAUUGGCUCUUGUUGAAAAAUCAUCCACUCAGAUUGUAAUACUUUGUGGAUACAGAAAAGCCCCUGGCAGAGGAUAUCACACUUGCUGCUAUGAGUGUGUUCCAUGUUCAGAUGGAGAAAUAUCUGAAGAUAUCGAUAGUGAGAGUUGCCAGAAGUGUCCUGAUGAUCAAUGGCCAGAUAUGAGAAAAAUCAAGUGUAUUCCUAAAACAUACGACUUUCUGUCAUACGAAGAAGACAUUAUUGCUCAAUUAUUUACUUUUAUAUCAAUAUUCUUUUCAUGUAUAGUUUGCAUCAUAUUGGGAAUUUUUGUUUAUUUUAGAGAUUCCCCCAUUGUCAGAUCCAAUAAUCUGAACCUUAGCUUCCUUCUUCUUGUGUGCAUAAUGUUAAGCUUUCUCUGUGUGUUUUUGUUCCUUGGAUCCCCUGUGGAUAUAACCUGCAGGUUGCGUCAAACAACUUUUGGAAUCAUCUUCUCCAUAGCUGUGUCUUCUCUGUUGGCCAAGACCAUCAUGGUUUGCAUUGCCUUCAAAGCCAUAAAACCAGGCAGUCACUGGAGGAAAUGGUUGGGGAUAAAAGUACCUUACUCUGUAGUAGUGCUGUGCUCCUCAGUCCAGGUCUUGAUUAGUGCUGCUUGGAUGUCUGUUUCUCCACCGUUUCAAGAGUUUGACAUGCACACCUACCAAGGGGUUAUCAUUGUUCAGUGUAACGAAGGAUCUGUUUUUGCUUUCUAUUCUAUGUUGGGUUAUAUGGGAGCUCUAGCAUCGGUGAGUUUUGUUCUAGCGUAUAUGGCAAAGACGUUACCCGACAGUUUUAAUGAAGCCAAGUAUAUCACCUUCAGCAUGCUGGUGUUCUGUAGUGUUUGGAUCACAAUGAUCCCUGCUUAUCUGAGCAGCAAAGGGAAGGACACUGUGUCCGUGGAAAUAUUUGCCAUAUUAUCUUCAAGUGCUGGCAUUUUAAGCUGCCUAUUUUUCCCCAAAUGUUAUAUUCUGCUAAGAAAACCAGAGAUGAACACUAGAAGAGGCUUAUUAGAGAGAUCCCGUCCCUAA